AGGAAAUAAUGGAAUAUUUGGGAAAAAGGGUCUUUUAUUUAACAUGAUUUUUCUGAAAAUAACAUUUUGAUACAGAUGACAUAUUUAACAGGAAUAGGACUCCAUGACAGCAUUAAAAGAAAUGCAGAAAAACAUGGCGUUGAACCUGGAAGUUAUUUGGCUGAUCUGUGUCCAUAUUUAAGCAGUUGGAUUUUGUCAAGUAAAAGCGAUAACACUAAUAAAUCCUACUUUAACGCUUUUAAGAGAUGGGAAAAUUUCAUUAAAGUUCAAGAACAUAGUGCGUUACCGGCAAGUCCUACGCAUGUGGCAUUAUACCUGACGGAUUUGUUACAGAACGGAUCAUCUCAACAGUUACACCCUGUGAACGUUGCCGUGUAUGCGAUUAAGUGGGCUCACGAAUGUGCAGGUUUACCAGAUCCAACGAAGAAUUCCUACGUUACAUCUCUACAAGAAGCCGCAAGACGGAAAGCUAGUCGUGUUGUCCAGAAAAAAGAGCCUAUUACCAAGGAUGUGUUAAUUGAACUUUGUGAUAAAUUCGUUGAUGAAAAUGAUUUGCUAAUUGUCAGAAAUCUUACUAUGAUUUUAUUUUGUUUCGCUGGUUUUCUUGGGUUUGACGAAGUUAUUUCCUUAACAUUUAAUGAUGUGCUUGUACAUGAUGAAUAUCUUGUGCUUUCUAUUACAAAAUCAAAAACAGAUCAGUACAGACAAGGAAGCGAAGUCCUGGUUGCUAAAGGUUCAACGUCUGCAUGUCCUGUCAAUAUGUAUAAGAGAUAUUUAGAACGUUUGGGAAUUCAUUCUUUAAGGGCAGGUGGGGUGACUGUGGCAGCAAAUUCAAAUGUGGAUGAGAGAUGUUUGAAAAAGCACGGUAGAUGGAGAAGUGAUAGUGCCAUUGUAGAUUCUUUGGAUAAACGACUUAUGGUAUCAAGGUCAUUGAAAUUAUUUUAUUAAUAUUAUUAUUCACAGUUGUUUACACCCCUUUCUUUGUGUUUUUCUAGAGCAAUCACGGCUGGCUGUCAGGCAUUGUAUGUUUGGGUUGUGUUGUAUUUUAA